AUUUGGGUGUUUGCUUCGGGCGGACGAAGGUGACCGGCUUGGCGCGGUGGACAAGAACGGGCCGUCUAAUAAAGUUACAACUGAAUUUCGUUUUUUUGGUCAGGCCAAUUUCUUCAGUAAAAAAGGAAAGGGACCAGCUCGCGCCUCGAGCGAAUUCUCUGACCCGCCCGUGAAGGCGAUUUGGUGGCGAUGGCGCGAAGCGACGGCGGGCGAACUGCGCUAUCGCGGCAAUCGAGUAGCAAAACUGAAUGUUGAAGAAUUACUAAAAAAUGUCAUUUUAUUUUGAAUUCAGGGUUUUUGUCAAAGCGCACUGACUUGCGGCAGUAGUUGUGUCAAAAUUCCUGGCUGCCUCAAACAAGGAUACAAAGGUGCCCGUCCCUUAUAGAUGAAGGAGCCUGACUCAGCUGGGUCUUUGGAAGCCGUAAGCAGUUUGUGAUCUUUUUUGCCUUCGGGAAAAUUUUGGCUUUUUGGCCGGUGUCGUUCUGCGCUGCAGCGCCGAAAAGUAGGACAGACGAGUACCUGAUGGGUCCUGAGUUGUCGGGCGAAGUUUUGUUGCAACGCCCGAGCGUGCCCGUGGGUGGAAUCGCGGAAAAGCUCAGCAACAAGCGCAAAGUGAAAAGAAUCAGAGGUUCGGAGGAUGAAAAAGAAGACGACAUUGAGAACCUCUUGUUUGGGGAAAAAACGGUACUGGAAUUUGGAGAGGAGUGCGCGGUUUCGAGGGAAAAGGAGGAGCGGGUCCGUGGAGCUGAUGGAAUAACAGGUGACGUCGAGUCAGCGGAGACCGGCGUACCUGGUUUCGUGAUUGGAGCCAAGAGUCGAAAGGACAAUGAGGUCGAUCCCAGCAAAACAGCCGCACCGAACAAAAAAGCUAAGGCCAGCGUCGAGGCCCUGGCACCGGCGUGGACCGAUCAGGACGACGAGCAAGUCGACGUUAUGCUUAGCAACCGUACAAGAAAGUUCCGCCGCAGCCUCGGCCAGACUCAACUGAGCCAGGCAGAGUACGAACUCGCUCUCAAGGAGCAGUUCAAAAAAAUAAAUGACACCGCAAAUCAGUCUUGGGCCACCGUUUAUGAAGAAGAAGCGGACCCAAACGAAGCGUCGUUUCUAAAUACGACAGAAAAGGUGGUCUCGAAAAGAGACCCCCGCGUUAUGCCGGACAAGUUUAUUUACAUCACUCAGUUGCAAGACGCGAACAAGGCGGGGGUCAGCAGAUCUGUCGUCCGGUGCUGCCAAUUUCACCCUAGGGAAAACCUUCUCCUCACCGCGGGUAUGGACAAAACGCUUCGGCUCUUCGACGUUUGCGGAAAGGCGAACCACAUGGUCCAGAGCAUGUUCUUCGAAAACUUUCCAAUCACGACAGCGGUUUUCAGUCCUCUCAAAGACGAAAUUUACCUAUCCGGCCUAAGAAACUGCUUCUACACCUACGAACUGCUUUCCGGGAAAGUGGACAACGUCAAAAAGGUGAUCGGGUGCGAGGACGAAAAGCUGGACAAAAUGCUCGUGUCGCCAGACAACGGCGUCUUGGUGUUUCUUUCCAAAGAGGGGAAAAUACUGGUCGUCUCCAACAAAACGAAACAAUGGGUCACGACUCUAAAAAUGAAUUCACACGUCAAAUGCGCCUCCUUUCUUCCAGACGGCUCGGAACUGUGGACCGCCGGCUCCUCCGGGGAAGUGUACGUAUGGAACAUGAAAACGUACCUGUGCACAAGGCGGUUCAAAGACGACGGGCUGUCUCCCGUUACCGCCAUGGAAAUCUCUCCAAAUGGAAAAUACCUGGCAACGGGACAAGAGUCAGGGGUCGUCAAUCUGUACAACAUAGACGACGAAGAAUUCGUCCGACACUUCACUCCUCAACCGUCCAAAUCGUUCUUCAACUUGACAACGCCCGUGCAAGCGCUUCACUUCAACCACGACAGCCAACUCUUGGGCAUCGCCUCCACUCUGAAAAGAAACUCCUUUCGACUAAUUCACGUCCCAAGCAAAACCGUGUUCCAAAACUGGCCCGUAAAACAAACGCCCCUGUCCAGAGUGGCCUCCUUCACCUUCUCCCCAGACAGCAGUCUGCUGGCCAUCGGCAACGUGCGGGGCAACGUUCGCCUGUACAAACUCCACUACUACCAAAAACGCGUGUCAUCCAACUCAAAAUAAAACAAUUUCUAACUCUCUCUGUAAAAA